UGAAGGUCUGGGUCCUUGGUGCAAGAAGUACCCUUUGGUAGGCAGGGAUAAAUCACUGUGAGUGACUACAGCCCCACAACCUCCAACCCUGGUGUUUUGCGGAUGCAUAAAACCAAGUUGGACUUCUUUUGGCUAAAAGGAGGUGCAUGAGAUUCCUUCCAUGCAAGGAGUUGGAAAAGCACCCUUAAUCCUUGCAGGGUGCAAGGAUGCAGUCCCACAAGUGGGGUUUGAUGGGGCUCUUAGGUCCCAGCCCCCUUGGCUCGCAGAGGAGAUGCUCUGCAUGGUGAUGGUUUAUAUUUAAUCUACUUUGAUUUAGAAUGGGUUUAUUCUGGGGGGGGUGUUUCAGCUCCCAGCACCCCAGGGUGGCCCAGCCCUGCUGCCAGUGGCACCCAGCCCUGCCUGAGUCAGUGCUCCCAGGCACCCACACGCCGGCUGCAAGCACCCAAAUCCCAACUUCAUCCCAGUUUUGCUGGGCACAGGGGGUGUUUUCAGCAGGGCUGGGCAACAGCAGCUGGGGUGUGCUGGCCUUGGCAGCAGCGGGAAACACCUUUCCCAGUGGGAAAACCAGCCCCAAACGCCGAUGAAAUAGGAAAGCCUCAGGGAAGGGCCCAGGUGGAGCAUCUGGACCCCCUGCGCUAUGGCAUCAUCUGAGCUGUCCCCUCACCCUGCAGUAGAGACCCCCAGCCCCCUGCCCCACGGGGAGGAGGACCUCGGUGAAGCCUUUGACUUUGAGGAUACUGAGGAAGAGGAGGAAGAGGAGGACUCAACAGCUGAUCCCAGCAGUGAAGUUGUCCUCCGGGCACCCCCUCGCCGGCGCCGUGCAACCAGCUCUGGUGGUGAUGGGCUGGUGCUGGAGACCCAGGAAGGGCUGCCAGUGGGGGUGAGCAAUGGGGAGGCUGGUGGAGACCCCCACAUCGGUGCCCAGACCUGGAAGAGGAAAAGCGGCCACGAAGGUGAGCGCUUCGAGUUCCCAGAGGUGGAUGAUGUGAUCUACGAUGAUGUCCCCUGUGAAAACCUCGAUGCUGAGCAGGAUGGUGUUUGUUUGCCAGGCCUGGGGACGGAGCACAGCCUGAUCUACGAGGAGGUGCAGCGCGGCGAGGGGACGCGCCUGGGGGAGGACUUGGGCUGGAGCUCCAGCGAGUUCGAGAGCUACAGUGAAGAUUCAGGCGAGGAAACCAAGGCAGAGGCUGAGCCGGCCAAGCAGCGGGCGUCCUUCCAGCCCAAGAUGACCCAGCUGAUGAAAGCAGCCAAAAGUGGCACCAAGGAUGGUCUGGAGAAGACCAAGAUCGCAGUGAUGAGGAAGGUGACAUUCCUGCACCGGAAAGAAGCACCAGGAGAUUCGGAGGAGGAGGACACGGGUUUCCUGGAGGUCACCGUAUCUGACAUGAAGCACCCACCACCGGAGCUGGGCCCCAUGCCCGAGGGGCUGAGCCCACAGCAGGUGGUCCGGAGGCACAUCCUGGGCUCCAUCGUGCAGAGCGAGCGGAGCUAUGUCGACUCCCUGAAACGCAUCCUGCAGGAUUACAGGAACCCACUGAUGGAGAUGGAGCCGAAGGUGCUGAGUGCUAGGAAGUGCCAGGUGGUGUUUUUCCGCCUGAAGGAGAUCCUGCAGUGCCACUCCAUGUUCCAGAUCGCCCUCGCCUCCCGUGUGGCUGAGUGGGACUCAGCAGAGAAGAUCGGGGACCUCUUUGUGGCCUCGUUCUCCAAGUCAAUGGUGCUGGAUGUCUACAGUGACUAUGUCAACAACUUCACCACUGCCAUGUCCCUCAUCAAGAAGGCUUGUCUCACCAAACCCGCCUUCCUUGACUUCCUCAAGAAGAGGCAGAUGGCCAGCGCCGACCGGGUCACGCUCUAUGGGCUGAUGGUGAAGCCCAUCCAGAGGUUCCCUCAGUUCAUCCUGCUCCUGCAGGACAUGCUGAAGAACACCCCCAAGGGCCACGCAGACCGCUUGUCCCUCCAACUGGCCCUCACCGAGCUGGAGACGUUGGCAGAGAAGCUCAAUGAGCAGAAGCGCUUGGCUGACCAAGUUGCUGAAAUCCAGCAGCUGAGCAAGAGCAUCAGUGACCGCAGCAGCCUCAAUAAGCUCCUGAGCUCGGGGCAGCGGCAGCUCCUGCUCUGUGAGACGCUGACGGAGACGGUGUAUGGGGACCGCGGGCAGCUCAUCAAGUCCAAGGAGAGGAAGGUUUUCCUGCUCAACGACAUGCUGGUCUGCGCCAACAUCAACUUCAAAGGCCAACUGGAAAUCAGCAGCCUGGUGCCCCUGGGUCCCAAAUACGUGGUGAAGUGGAGCACGGCCCUCCCGCAGGUGCAGGUGGUGGAGGUGGGACAGGAGAGUGGUGCCUAUGACAAGGACAACGUUGUCAUCCACAACGCUGGUGCCAAGAAGCACGCUCCGGCCGGGCAGGCUUCACACAAUAAAGUCUACCUGGGGCCACCACGGCUCUUCCAGGAGCUGCAGGACCUGCAGAAGGAUCUGGCAGUGGUGGAGCAGAUUACCCUUCUCAUCAGCACCUUGCAUGGCACCUACCAGAACCUGAACAUGACAGUGGCCCAAGACUGGUGCUUGGCCCUGCAGAGGAUGAUGAAGGUAAAGGAGGAAGAGAUCCACUCCGCCAACAAGUGCCGCCUCCGUCUCCUGCUGCCUGGAAAGCCGGACAAAUCUGGCCGCCCCAUCAGCGUCAUGGUGGUCUUCAUCACUCCAAACCCCUUAAGCAAGAUCUCCUGGGUGAACCGCCUGCACUUGGCCAAGAUAGGACUGCGGGAGGAGAACCAGCCGGGCUGGCUCUGUCCUGAUGAAGACAAGAAGAGCAAAGCUCCUUUCUGGUGCCCUAUCCUGUCCUGCCACAUGCCUGCCUUCUCCAAGGCCCUCGAUCUGCAGCUCAGCACUGCGGUGCACAACCCGGUGCAGUCCUCGCUGCUGGGCUUCUCUGCCAUUAGCACCUCACUGCCGCAGGGCUACCUCUGGGUUGGAGGGGGGCAGGAAGGAGCAGGGGGGCAAGUGGAGAUCUUCUCCCUCAACCGCGCUGUGCCGCGCACGGUGAAGUCCUUUCCGGUGGCAUCACCGGUGCUGUGCAUGGAGUACAUCCCUGAGCUGGACGAGGGGGAUCCAUCGGGAACACAGGAACCCCGACUGAGCACCGAACAGCCCCCCGGAUCCCCACAUCCCACCAUGUGCUUGGGGUUACAGGAUGGCAGCAUUGCAGUCUAUGGCAGCGUGGACACGGGGACACCGUGCUUGUUGACCUGUAAAAGCCCAGGACUGCAACCCAUCCUCUGCUUGAGACACAGCCCCGAGUACCUGUUUGCGGGGUUGCAGGAUGGGACCGUGGCUGCAUACCCCAGGAGCAAUGGGGGGCUGUGGGACCCGGCUGAGCAGCCCACCCGCCUGGCUGUGGGUACUGGCCCCGUGCGAGCUCUCCUGACGCUGGAUGAGACCCUCUGGGCCAGCUGUGCCAAUCAGGUCACUGUCCUCGAUGCCACCAGCCUCCGUAUCCAGCAAACCUUUGAGGCCCAUCCGGACACAGAGGCCAGUGUGACACACAUGAUCAAGGCAGGCAGCGGCGUCUGGAUGGCUUUUUCCUCGGGCUCCUCCAUCCGCCUCUUCCACACUGAGACACUGGAGCAUCUGCAGGAGAUCAACAUUGCCACCAGGACCACCUUUGUCCUCCCCGGUCACAAACACGUCCGUGUCACCAGCCUCCUCAUCUGCCAGGGUUCGCUUUGGGUCGGCACUGACCAAGGCAUCAUUGUGCUGCUGCCCGUGCCUCGCUUGGAGGGCAUCCCCAAAAUCACUGGAAAAGGCAUGGUGUCCCUCAACGGGCACGGUGGCCCCGUGGAGUUCUUAGCGGUGGCACUGAGCACGUUGGCACCUGAUGUGCUGAAGGGUGACCAAGAGGAGGAAGAGGAGGGUGAGGAAGAGAAACCCCCGGAAUUGGAUGGGCCCCCUCCUCGGGAAAUGAGGAAAAAAGGGAUUUUAUUACAGUAUCGCCUCCGAUCCACAUCCCACCUCCCGGGGCAGCUGCUGUCCGUGCGGGAAGCGCCGGUCGGUGGCACGCCGGCACACACCGAGGAGGAUGGCUCCAUCUAUGAGAUGGCCGAUGACCCUGAUGUGUGGGUGCGGAGCAGACCCUGUGCCCGUGACACCCCCCGCAAGGAGAUCUCCUCUGUGGCCAUCAUCUCAGGGGGCCGGGGUUACCGUAACUUCAAUGCCGAAUCGCCGCUCCGGGGCAGCGAUGCUGACAGCACCCUGCUCAUCUGGCAGGUCCCAUUGAUGCUAUAGCACACCAGGACCUGCCCCCUCCACCUGGCACCUACCUCAAAAAGCCACCCAAAAGCUGCCGGGGGUGGUCCUGCCCUGGGGGCAUCACCCUGGAUGUUUUUUAAAGAGGAAAAAAACUGAAAAAUGGGCUUUUUUCCCCCAAAAAUCCAGCUCUGGAAGGGGAGUUUUUAAUGGUGGGAACGGUGACCUCCCUGCAGGCUUUGGAGGUGCCGGUUCUUCAGCCGAAGGCGUCUGUGUGUCUGUGUGUGAAUAUCUCUCUAUAUAAAUAUAUAUAAAUAUGAUGUAUAUUAUUACCUGUAUAAAGACAGAAUCUGUAUAUAUUGGGGCACUUGGAGAUGCAGAAAUAGUGGUGGGAGCACUCAGUGGGUGCUGGUUGCGCCAAAAUGGGGGCUGUUGCUGAAAUAGGCAUUUUUUUGACUGUGAAUUGAGGAUAUUUGUUAGAAAUCCCUUGCUUUUGGGAGCUGAGUACAUGUGGCUUCCAGAGGAAAGGAAAUGUUGGGAGCGUGGAAAUAAAUCCUAUAGGAAUCAGCGUGUUCCUUGCAGUG